AAAGGAGGAGCCGCGGCGUCGGCGCAAGGAGGAGCAAGCUGCGGUCUGGUCGGCAGGCCUUUCGCUUUGCUGAGGCUGGACGAACAGUCGGCUAGCCGAGGAGCAAGCGAGAAAAGGUCUCUGGAGGAGCAGCAGCCAUGCCGAAACAUGAGUUCUUUGUGGAUAUGACCUGUGAAGGAUGCCUCAAUACUGUAACCCGUGUUCUCAACAAACUGGGAGGUGUUCAGUUUGAAAUUGACCUACCUAACAAGAAAGUGAGCAUUGAUUCCGCUCACAGUGUUGAUACAUUGUUGGACACCCUGAAGAAAACUGGGAAAAAUACCUCCUAUCUCGGAGAGAAAUAAACAUUUAGAGAAAUGUUGCUGAUUGGGCUCUUUUGCUUUAAGAAAGCAAUGCUUUUAAUAUGGCUUCAGUACGAAGGGAGUUACUUCUACUUCUGUUGAUCCUGUUCCUUUGACUGCAGUUGCCUGGCCAGAUGUUGGAAAAGAGAGAAGGGAAGAAAACAAUUUUCCACGGGGAAAAGGGACUAAGAGAAAAUGUGACCCCAGAUGGCCCACGUUUCCUCUUACAAAUGUAACGCUUAUGCAUUCUUCUGUUAUGAUCUUGUAAUAAAGCAAGGAGCUGUUCCUAUUUUCAUGUAAAA